UUUGAUAAUUAUGCUAUUACAUAUUAUUAUUUGUCAAACGAAAAAUAUUCACUUUCUAUCUUCCUCUACUCUCUUUUGGUAAGGGAAUUUAUUCGAUAUUUUAUUUCACAAUAAAAUCAGCCAUCCCCUUCCCCAAGCCACUACUUUUGAAGAAAAACACACACAAACCCACCCACAGAUUCUUGAAGCGGCGAACGAAGAUUAACAUUAGCAACAAAAGAUGGCAGGAAUUUCUCAAGACUGGGAGCCGGUGGUGAUUCGCAAGAAAGCACCCACCGCCGCCGCACGGAAAGAUGAGAAAGCCGUCAACGCGGCCCGCCGCGCCGGGGCCGAGAUCGAGACCGUCAGAAAGUCUGCUGCGGGGACAAACAAAGCUGCUUCAAGCAGCACCUCUUUAAACACCAGGAAGCUUGAUGAAGACACUGAAAAUCUUACUCACGAGAAGGUCCCAAGUGAACUGAAGAGGGCCAUCAUGCAGGCCCGGACAGAUAAGAAGCUUACACAAUCUCAACUUGCCCAGUUGAUAAAUGAGAAGCCACAGAUCAUACAGGAGUACGAAUCUGGGAAGGCAAUUCCCAAUCAGCAGAUCAUUUCCAAACUGGAGAGGGCCCUUGGUGUGAAACUGCGUGGAAAGAAAUAAAAAAACCUUAGUUAAAAGAGGAAAAAGGUCGAUCCUUUUGCACUUCCCAUUGCCCCUUUGAGGUCUAAAAAGUGGUGAUGUAAAUGACAUCUUUUAUGAUUACCCGUUCUUCUGUUCACUCUUACUCUCUUGCCUCAGUAAACUAUAAAGAGUUUUCUUGUGAGACAUGGUCUGUUGCUGGAAAUAGUAGAAUUUGAGAAUUUGGGUGCUUAUGGAUCCAUUUAAUAUUUAAUCCUUGUUAUGAAACUGGGCUUCAUGAAAUAUCUAGAAGUGUAUAAUAUAGGGCUGCAAACGAGUCGAGUCGAGCAUGGAUCUUGUCGAGCGCAAAUUGAACUUUUUUUUUUUAAUGCUUGAGCUCGACGAGCCA